AUGAAAGUUCGAAUGGGUUCUCUGAAUUUCUUCUUGUCAUGUGUGUAUGGGGAUCCGGUGAGAGCACGUCGUCAGGCAAUCUGGAACCAAGUUGAAGGCUUGGGUAUGAACAGAGAUGAACAAUGGGUUCUAACAGGCGAUUUCAAUGAACUGAUAUCGAAUAGAGAAAAACUUGGGGGAGCUGUUCGUAGUGAAUCAACUUUCUGGGGUUUUAGAGACAUGGCACAGAAUUGUAAAAUUCAAGAAAUCCGAAGCUGCAGGAACUCCUUCUCUUGGGGAGGAUGGAGAGAUGACGUAUGGAUACAGUGCAGGCUCGAUCGCAGCUUUGGUAAUGACCAAUGGUUCCAACUUUUUCCAAGAUCCAAUGUAGAAUACAUGAACCUAUGGGCUUCGGAUCAUAUAGAACAUGUUUCCCGGUGGAAGGAGAAGAACCAGGUCGAGGAAGAUUUUACUUUGAUAAGAGACUAG